GGAAAAGACAGAAGGUGUUGCAGCCUGUGCGGCCCUUUGUGCCUAGGCUGCUUCCCAUGCUUUCCCUGCCGAUGGAUGGGAGUGCGCUGUUGACUGGAAGGCUUUGGGAAGAAGAUGUCCUCGGCGGGACUGUGACGUUCUUACCACUGGAAGAAGACGCCGACAGGAGCGUCAGGAUUCAGACGAGCAACGUCUAUCAGAUCCGGCUCAGCCGCAGCCAGCAGGAGUGGUUCAUGUCUGUUUCGAUUGUCUGUCCAGAGCACUGGCACGCUGAUGGGGUUGUUCACCCCACACCCACCUGGCUUGGAGAAAUCUUGCUGGCUAGACUGGCCCGGUGGGCAGUGGGGAAUCGGCCGAGCGGCUUUAAGAGCACCCUCUCCCUGGUCCCCAUCGCCCGGUACAGCCAGGUCUAUGAGGAGCUCAAAGAGAAGUACCGGCCCAUGGUCAAGGUGUGGCCCGAAGUGACGGAUCCAGCCAAGUUUGUGUUUGAAGAUGUGGCCAUCGCUACGUACCUGCUGGUCCUGUGGGAGCAGGAGCGCGCCCGGCUGGGAGUGACUGAGAGGCAGUCCUUCGUGGACCUGGGCUGCGGGAACGGCCUGCUGGCGCACAUCCUUUGCAGCCAGGGGCACCCCGGCCGUGGCAUCGAUGUCCGCAGGAGAGGCAUCUGGGCCAUGUUCGAAGCUGAGACACGCUUGGAGGAAGGUGCCAUCACGCCAGAUGACAGGAGCCUCUUUCCUGACGCUGACUGGCUGAUUGGGAACCAUUCCGAUGAGCUCACGCCCUGGAUACCCGUCAUUGCUGCCAGGUCGUCCUACCGCUGCCGCUUCUUCGUGCUGCCCUGCUGCUUCUUCGGCUUCGUGGGCAAGUACCCGCGGAGGCAGAGCCAGAAGACGCAGUACCGCGAGUACCUGGACUUCGUCACGGAGGUGGGGCAGGUGUGCGGCUUCCGCGUGGAGGAGGACUGUCUGCGCAUCCCCUCCACCAAAAGGGUCUGCCUUAUCGGGGCAUCCAGGACCUACCCGGCGGCCCAGGAAGCUGCUGUGGACACACAGCGGACUCAGUACAUCCACAGCCAAGGGGGUCCCCGGGGGCCGCUGCAGGACCACAAGCCGGGUCCCCAGCAUGCCAGUGCCGAGCCUGCAGCACCAGAGGAUCCCGCUCCUGUGUCCAGAGACACUCAGACCACAGAGGCCCAGUCUGCAGCACCAGAGGGUCUGGCCAUGGGGGCCGAACUGGAACCUGUGUCCAGAGACACUCGGGCCACAGAGGCCCAGCCUACGGCACCAGAGGACCCAGCGGCAGGGGCAGCGCGGGGACUUUGGCUACCAGCAUUCCAGCCAAGGGAGCGUGCUGAACGCGUGCGGAACUGUGGCACGCUGCCCCGAGACUUCGUCAACCAGGUGGUCCUGCAGGUGGCCGGUCUGCUGCUGGGCAGGAAGCAUGUAUGCCCAGAAGGGGCUUCCCAGGACCAGAGUGGGAAGCCCUGGAACCCAGGAGGGAGCCUCUCCUUGGCGGAUGUGGCCAGCGAGCUGGACAGAGUGACACUGCAGCGACUGAAGAGGGAGUGCGGGGGCCUGCAGACUCUGCUCCGGAACCGCCACCAGGUGUUUGCAGUCCGGGAUGGCCGUGUCCACCUGCGAGACUGGCGAGAGGAGUUGUCCACACGGGCGACGCGGCCAGGACUCCGGCGGGUGCCAGACACUGAUGCCUUCAAGACUCGUCCUUGCUGGUUCUUCGCACACCACCCUGAUGGCUGCGCCCUGCCCGCUGCCCACUGCCCCUUUGCCCAUGGGCCUGGGGAGCUGCGGCCGGCCCCCACCCGGACUUCCAGGAGAGCAGGGCAGCCUCCUCAGCCUGUGCCUCCUGAAUCCCCAAACAGCUGGCCCGAGAAGAGCUGAACGCCCAGGACUGCUGUCCUCUGUGCUCCCACAGGCUGCCAUUGCCCCCAGCGUCCACUGCAGCUGGGGACGCCAUCGGCGGCGUCCGCGCCACGGCCCGUCAUCUCAAGGGGGCUCUAAAUUCUGGCUGUGAGGACCGAGCUUUGCUGUGGGGGGUCUGUGUUGCUGUUGCCCCCAGUCCUGGAUGUGGCCUGAGCCUGAGCCGGCUGCACACGAGGUGGAGGUGGCCCCAAAAGCUCUUGUGACAAAGACCCUCACACUGGGGGUGUAAAGCAAGUGAUGGGCUUGUAAUUACUGCUCUCUGCUCUACUGCUUGGGCUCUGUUGAGGGCCACGCAGAAUCACAGAUGGAAUUCAUGACUGGCGGGCUUAUUAAGGAAUGAGAGAUGCUCAGGGUAAUUGUUGAUCAGAACUUGUUACAAAGUUUCAAGUCUGUUAAUAAAUCUCCAAAGCGCGUA